AUAAAUACAUCCCCGAAUCCGGGGAGGGUGGUGGUGCUCGCCAUCAGCUUCCCCUCUCCUCGGGCUUCUUCUUCGGCUCGCACGCACGCGCCCAACCACCACUCCGCCACCCACCUCCCGCAAAUCCCACACCACGUAGUACGACAUACACUGCCGCCCAACCCCCUGCUCUGCCAAGGCGAAAACCAACCUCCAAGCGAAAGCCAAACGGAAAUCGACCAACGCCGACGGCCACGGCGAGCGCGAGCGCAGGCGGAAUGGAUCGCGCCGCCAUGCCCGCCCAGGAGGAGCUGCCGCUGCCGUCCCCGGAGGCGAUUCAGUUCGCGCAGCCGGCCGAUUCCAGGUUCCGGACCCUGAACCCGGGGCCGAUACCCAUCCCAGCUGCUCCCAGCUCCAGAUCGUUGGUGGAGUCGGUUUCUGAUCAAAGAGUAAACCUAGAUGUCAUAAGCUCAUACCAAAGUGAGAAUGGAUCCCUCUCUACAGUUAGCUCUACAGUUAGUUCAGAAGAGUCAGAGAAAGCAGCUUAUGAACUCCUUGCUCAUACUCCUAUCAAGUCAACUGAUGCACACCUUGUGGAGUUUUCAGAGGCUAUGAGAACUGUUGCAAAAGCACUGCGACGAGUUGCUGAAGGGAAAGCUGCUGCUCAAGCAGAGGCCGCGGAAUGGAAGCGUAAAUACGAGCUAGAGACAGCACAGAAGCAACAAACUAAAAUCAAAGAUUGUGGCAGUUCAACCGGUAAUAACUUAGGGAAACUGGCCAGCCAACGGACGCUUGAGACACCUGCCUCUGAUCAAACAGCGUGUUGUGGGAACCAUGGGAUAUGUUCGCAUGAGGUUCUCCAAGACGAAGUUCCUGGAUCUAACCCAAGAUCUAGUCACAAGAUGGUUGGAAGAAAGGCAUCAUUUAGACUUUCAUGGGGAUGCAAUGGGGACAAAAACGGUCAGCACAAGCAUGACUUUGUUUCCUUUGAAAAGGGAGAUAUAACAACAGCGGAACGCAGCAAUAAGCAGAUCUUACUGAGAUGGGAAUCCCGACCACAGACAGUGCUUUUCAUAACAAAACCUAAUUCCAACCCUGUUCGUGUUCUUUGUGCGGAAAUGGUCAGAUGGCUUAAGGAGCAUAAAAAUAUUAAUGUCUUUGUGGAGCCAUGGGUCAGCAAGGAUCUUCUGACAGAAGAUUCCAGCCACAACUUGGUCCAAACAUGGGAUAAUGAUGAGGAGAGAAAGGUGUUGCACAAAAAGGUUGAUCUCAUUGUAACACUUGGCGGUGAUGGGACUGUUCUAUGGGCAGCAUCAUUGUUCAAAGGACCAGUUCCUCCGGUUGUUGCAUUCUCCAUGGGAUCACUGGGUUUCAUGACACGUUUCCCAAGCCAACAAUAUCGCGAUUGUUUGGACAAUGUGCUGAAUGGACCUUUUAGCAUAACACUGAGAAACCGUCUACAGUGUCGUGUAAUCCGUGAUGCAGCAAAGGAUGAACUUGAGACUGAGGAGCCAAUCCUAGCACUAAACGAAGUUACGAUUGACCGUGGGAUAUCAUCUUACCUUACGUACCUGGAGUGCUACUGUGACAGUUCUUUUGUUACAUGUGUACAAGGGGAUGGACUUAUCAUAUCAACAACCUCUGGAAGCACAGCAUACUCAUUAGCGGCCGGAGGAUCCAUGGUUCAUCCACAGGUCCCGGGAAUACUUUUCACGCCGAUCUGUCCCCAUUCCUUAUCCUUCAGGCCGCUGAUACUGCCGGAGUAUGUGACCCUGCGCGUACAAGUGCCAUACAACAGCAGGGGCCACGCGUGGGCAUCUUUCGACGGGAAAGACCGGAAGCAGCUGGCCCCCGGCGACGCUCUCAUCUGCAGCAUCUCUCCCUGGCCCGUGCCCACGGCUUGCCUCGUGGAUUCCACCACCGAUUUCCUCCACAGCAUCCACGAGGGCCUCCAUUGGAACCUCAGGAAGACUCAAUCCCUCGACGGCCCGCGCGAUUGAUGGAUGCGGUGCCUUUGCCCGUGGAUGCAUACCUUUCCUCCCAAGAUUUUAGCUGACAUCGAGAGGAUAAAGUGUACCUGUGCGAGUUUGUUCUUGAUACUAGUAUCUCCUUUACUGUUCAGUCUAUACGUAUAGAAGAUUGCACUUAGAAGUUGGAGGUAGUACUAGCGCAGGCAGUGCAGAAUCCAAGUAUAUAAUGGAGUGGCCAUGGCCCAUGGGUUCCUGAAACUGAUGCAAAUAUGCAAUGUACUACUGGAACAGCACGGGUGGCAAGCGAUACAGUAGUUCUACUGAUCUGGACAGAGUAUGGGAGAGUAGAUAUAAUAUGGGUGGCAGAAGAAUGUGGGCAAAUGUAUAGUCGCACAUGAUUUCGCUGAAUGAGGAAAUAAUACUACGAUUCGUUAGACAGCUGAAGGCAAUGAUCUUUAUAAUCAGAUUA